AUGUUGCUGCUGGCUAGAAGUUCCAAGAUUUGGCCCAGGCUCUCUCAGCUCAAGCCCCAACUCAUUCCUAGGACCUUGGGAGGUGAGGCCCUAGGUAUGAUGUCCAGAGCAUUGUCAGGGCAAAGCUUACCCCAAGGCCCUAAGCUGCAAACCCGGUUGCUGAUCACUGCCCUGUUUGGGGCUGGGCUGGGCUGGGCCUGGCUUGCCGCAAAGGCAGAGAAGGAGCAGCGUCGGCGGCAGCAGCGGAUAGAGGCCUUGCGCCAGGCUGCUGUGGGCCAGGGCGACUUCAGCCUGCUGGAUCAUAGAGGCAGGCCUCGAUGCAAGGCUGACUUCAGAGGCCAGUGGGUGCUGAUGUACUUUGGCUUUACCCACUGCCCUGACAUCUGCCCAGAUGAACUAGAGAAGCUUGUGCAGGUGGUGCAGCGGCUGGAGGCAGAGCCUAGUCUGCCCCUAGUGCAGCCCAUCUUCAUCACUGUGGAUCCUGAACGGGACGAUGUGGCAGCCAUGGCCAGAUAUGUGCGGGACUUCCACCCAAGGCUGCUAGGUCUGACUGGUUCUGCAGAACAGGUGGCCCAGGUUAGCCAGAGCUACCGUGUGUACUAUAGUGCUGGUCCCAAAGAUGAAGACCAGGACUAUAUCGUGGACCAUUCCAUUGCUAUCUACCUGCUCAACCCUGAUGGCCUCUUCACUGACUACUAUGGUCGUAGCAGAUCAGCUGAGCAGAUUGCAGACAGUGUGAAGCAACACAUGGGUACUUUCCACAGCAUCCUGUCCUGAACCACCAAAGCCUGGCUGUCAUUAAAUCAGUGUACUUAA